AUGACUAAGGGUACUUCCUCAUUCGGUAAGCGUCACAACAAGUCGCACACUCUCUGCCGCAGAUGUGGCCGACGAUCCUUCCACUGCCAGAAGAAGACUUGCUCUAGCUGCGGUUACCCUUCUGCCAAGAUCCGCUCCUUCAACUGGGGCCAGAAGGCUAAGAGAAGACACACCACUGGUACUGGUCGCCAGCAGUACCUCAAGACCGUCACCAGAAAGUUCAAGGACGGUUUCAAGGCCUAA